AAUACGUUGUUACAUUUUGAUGUAAGGUGAUAACUUUUUAAUUAAAGUUUAAGGUUUAGAUAUUCUAAAUUUGUCACAAAGUUCUUAUUUCAGAGCCUAGCAUAGUGUUACAAGCUUAUAGUCCAGCCCUGGAAAGGUGGAGGCAGGAGGAUCAAUUUAAGGCCAGUCUCAGCCAAGAUUUCAGACAAGGUCUGUUUUUCAACAAUGCCGAAGCCAGACGAUUGCUUCUUUUCCAUGGAUAAUUCGUUUUUCAGUAGCCCAGAUGAAACUGAAAACUUUCCAGUUAAGGAAAAAUCACUGGAUUGGUUUCUCCCUCCUGCUCCACUGAUUUCAGAAAUUCCAGAUAUUCAAGAGUUAGAGGAAGAAAUGGAAAGUUAUAAGCUAUUAGGGAAAGGAAAGAUGCCAAGAAUGUUAACAUCAAACUUGAAGAUCAUUAAUGAAGACACAAAUUGUAUUUCACCAACACAAAAAUUCCAUUUUUCCUGUAAUGUACAUGAACAGGAUUACCUAAAUUUAGGAGGAUCAAAUAACAAUGACAUGUCACAUGUAGCUGGGAAGCUGAUGUAUGGUUCUUCUCAGAAAUAUAAAAAUCACAUGGGUGCUAAGAGUCCAUCUUCAAAGAGUCCUGGUGAUACAAAAUUACAUGAUGUGGCAGAAGACAGACAGGGCACAUCAGCAUUCAAAAAAAGACUGUCUAGAACAUGUGACAAUGAACAUGACUGUGACUAUGCUGAUGGAAGUUUAAACUUGAGUUCUCAUAUCAGCCCAGUGAAACUUACCCAAACAAAAAUAAGCAAAGAGAAUGCAUGGACGUGUAGCAAUAGUAAGCAGAAACGUCAGUAUUCUACAAGCAAAUUCAAAGCAAAUGAUGCUUUUUCUGCUUCUGGAGUUGGACAAGACAUAGUCAAAGCACUGUCAUUUCCUGCUGCAUCUCAGCCUCAUGAUAUUCAAGGCAUAACCCCAAAUGGCUUAGGUUCUUUGAAAGCUGUCACAGAAAUCCCGGCAAAAUUUAGAAGUAUAUUCAAAGAAUUCCCUUACUUCAACUAUAUACAAUCCAAAGCCUUUGAUGAUCUUCUUUACACAGAUAGGAAUUUUGUGAUUUGUGCCCCCACUGGUUCUGGGAAAACUGUAGUGUUUGAGCUAGCAAUAACAAGAUUGUUAAUGGAAGUACCAUUGCCGUGGCUAAACAUGAAGAUUGUUUACAUGGCACCAAUAAAAGCCCUUUGUAGUCAGCGGUUUGAUGACUGGAAAGAAAAGUUUGGGCCAGUAGGCUUGAAUUGUAAAGAACUUACUGGUGAUACAGUAAUGGAUGACCUAUUUGAGAUUCAGCAUGCAAAUAUAAUUAUAACAACUCCAAUCGCAGAAUGGCUCUCAGAUGGUGAGAGACCUGCUGUAUGUCUGAAAAUGGAUGAGAGCCAUAGACCUGUGAAACUUCAGAAAGUAGUCCUGGGUUUUCCCUGCAGUAGUAGCCAAACUGAAUUUAAGUUUGAUUUGGCCCUCAACUAUAAAGUAUACAGUGUUAUUCGAACAUACUCCGAUCAGAAGCCCACACUUGUGUUUUGUUCAACAAGGAAAGGUGUGCAGCAGGCUGCUUCUGUUCUUGUGAAGGAUGCUAAGUUUAUCAUCUCUGUGGAGCAGAAACUACGGUUGCAGAAGUCUGCAUAUUCUAUAAGGGAUUCAAAGCUGAAAGAUACCUUGGUAUAUGGUGUUGGUUACCAUCAUGCUGGAAUGGAGCUGUCAGAUAGAAAAUUGGUUGAAGGAUUGUUUACCUCUGGAGAUCUACCUGUUCUUUUCACUACCAGUACUCUAGCUAUGGGCGUGAACAUGCCGGCUCACCUGGUUGUUAUCAAGUCUACCAUGCACUACAGUGGAGGUGUGUUUGAAGAGUACAGCGAGACCGACAUCCUGCAGAUGAUUGGGAGAGCUGGCAGACCCCAGGUAAGGGACAAUACAACUAAUAUGUAUAUUAUUAGAGCUUAAAAAGUAAAAUUUAUGUUCUUGAAAUUCACAUUAAUCAUGCAGAGUUUUUCCCCCAUUAGUUUGCACAGACAUCUUAUUGAACAUUUAAAUGCAGAAAUAGUGCUGCACACCAUCACAGACGUGAGCAUUGCUCUGGACUGGAUCCGAUCAACAAUGCUGUAUAUCAGAGCUCUGAAAAACCCAUCUCACUAUGGUUUUCCAUCUGGAUUGAACAAAGAUGGGAUUGAAGCAAAAUUACAAGAAUUAUGUUUGAAGAAUCUGAAAGAUUUAUCAUCACUAGACCUGAUAAAGAUGGAUGAAGAUGUUAAUUUCAAACCAACAGAGGCAGGAAGACUAAUGGCUUGGUAUUAUAUUACAUUUGAGACAGUCAAGAAAUUUUGUGCAAUCAGUGGAAAAGAAACUUUAUCAGAUUUAAUUUCAAUGAUAUCCAGCUGCAAUGAGUUUCUAGAUGUGCAGCUGAGGAUAAGCGAAAAGAGAAUACUUAACACCUUAAACAAAGACCCAAACCGGAUAACUAUCAGAUUUCCAAUGGCAGAGAGAAUUAAAACAAGAGAAAUGAAAGUAAACUGUCUUAUUCAGGCUCAGCUAGGAUGCAUUCCUGUACAAGAUUUUGCUUUGACACAAGAUACAGUGAAGAUUUUCAGAAAUGGCUCACGAAUUGCAAGAUGGUUGUCAGAUUUUGUGGCUGCUCAGGAAAAGAAGUUUGCUGUGCUUUUAAACAGUGUGAUUUUAACUAAAUGUUUUAAGUGUAAACUCUGGGAAAACUCUAAACAUGUAUCAAAACAGCUGGAUAAAAUUGGCAUAUCAUUGUCAAAUACCAUGGUAAAUGCAGGCUUAACUUCUUUUAAAAAAAUAGAAGAAGCAAAUGCAAGAGAACUUGAACUGAUUUUAAAUAGACACCCACCAUUUGGGACCCAGAUAAAGGAAGCUGUAACGUAUCUGCCGAAGUAUGAGCUUGAGGUGGAGCAGAUUGCAAGAUACAGUGAUAUCAAGGCAGAAAUACUGGUGACCAUUAUAUUAAGAAACUUUGAGCAGCUGCAAACUAAAAGAACAGCACCAGACUUUCACUAUGCCACCUUAAUCAUAGGCGAUGCAGAUAACCAGGUCAUUUUUAAGCACAAAAUUAUGGAUUCUGUCUUGUUAAAAAGUGGAAAUUGGGUUAAAAAAAUUGAUGUGAAGAGAGCUCUUAUAUCAGAAGAUCUCAGCAUAAAUCUAAUCAGUUCUGAUUAUGUUGGUCUUGAUAUUCACCAGAAAUUUACAGUCUUUUAUUUCGGACCCAGGAAGUUUGUAAAUGAAACAGUUAUGGAAAGAAGCUCAGAAACAGAUAUUUCUCAUUCUGACUACUCAGGUAGAGCCACUGCAACAGGAUCCAGUAAAGGAAUAGCUACCUGCAAAAAACCUGGUAACAGAGAAUGCCAUCAUCAUUGUAAAAAUAAACACGCAUGUGGACAUGACUGCUGUAAGAUUGGAGUUGCACAAAAGCCGGAAGCUAAAGAGUCGGCAAUGUCUUCAUAUCUGUCUGACUUAAAAAGCAGAGAUGCUGUUUCUUCUCUUCCUCUAGCCAAGCGACUCAAGAUACAGAUGAACAAAUCUCAAAAUGUGGACCUUAAAGAGUUUAGUUUUACUCCAAGGCCUUCCCUUUCCAGUAUAUCAAGGUCAGAAUAUUUAAAUACCCCUGAGUUGUCAAUAUUAGAACAGAGGAAUCAGCAUGAAAUCUAUGGAAAAGUUCAACAGGGACCAUAUGAAUAUCAUGACAAAGAUUUUCCUGGAUGGGACUAUUGUACAACUUCAAGUGAAAAGAUCCCUCAAACGGUGAUGUUCAGCCGACGUGCUAAUAUACCUGGAAACCACAGAGUUGCAGAUGAAGACAAAAGCAAGUCCUCAGAAGUUCCGGGUGUGAACUUAGAGCUAGGAAAUGAAGUCUGGGAUGACUUUGAUGAUGAGAGCUUAAUAGAAGUUAUGAGCCUUUCAGCUGAUGCUGAGAAGAUGGCUGCAUCAGGACUUGGAGACACUCGUGAUUCAGGUCUCUGCGGAAGUAAGCUACCUUUCCAGAAGUCAAGCAGCAGAUUCCAAAGAGACAACUCAAACAGUUUUGCUUCAUCACCUGGGAAGCCAGAUGCUUAUUUACGAGAUUGUUCCAGGUCCAGCUUCGCGCUGUCCUCUGUGGCAGAGAUCCCUCAACGAGCUGGGAAUGCAAGUCUUGUCAAUUUACAAGAGAGGAGACCGCUGACUCUCUCACCAGUGAUUGAGAGGCUGUGCUUGACCCACUCUAAGAAAACACCACAGUCUCCCAAGUUUAAGGAUGUGGAUAUUUUUAUUGGAAACAGUGGCUCUAAAAAGGACAUUGAUCUUAGUAAGUAUUAUCCUGAUGAUGCAGCUGAAGAAAUGAAGGCCCUUCUGGGAAUAUUUAAUGGCAUUUUCUAAAGAAAAAAUGUA